UUAAGAUCUUCAGAGCAUUCAACUAGCAGAUCAUAUGGUAGUGAUGGCAAUACACCCCGGCUUACCACUGGUCCUCUAGAGAUUACUAUUAACAGAUCAGAAUGCAGUGAUGGUAAUGCACCACAGCUUGCCAGCGGUCACCCUUCUUGUUCAAAGAAUGCUGCAAGUAACCCAAAGAAGUCUACCAGGGACCCUCCUGAGCUUAAUAAAGUUCUUCCAUCAUUGGCUGACAUUAACACACUAACCAAACCUUCAAAACAUGCUGAUCUCCCGGUUGAUGUGUUGUUACUGACAGUGAAGAAUUGUGAGUUCUUAGCUUGUUACAGUGAGCUUAAGAGCCCCUAUAGAUGUUACUUUGAUGGUCUUGGGUACGUUUACUUUUCUGAUGUGGAUGGAAGUCAAGAGAAAGUAAAAGUCGCAUUAUUAAAAUGUUACGAGAACAGUGGUUGUCCUGGUGGUUCUCUCAUCUCUGUUAAGAAUGCUGCAACUGUGCUAAGACCUAAAGCAGUUAUAUCUGUUGGUGCAUGUAGUGGUCUUCACCCUGAGAAAUCCAAGUUAGGAGAUGUUGUUGUUUCUGCGAAAUUAACAACAUAUGCACCCAAAGUGGUGAUCAAUGAUCAAGAGCAGUCAACUGGCAUGAGAAAUUAUGUGAGCAAAUGUUUCCUGGAUGUCAUUAAGAAUUGUGCUGAUGGCUGGCAAGCACCUUUGAAGAACCUGGCUGAUGCUCAACAAGUUCAAGUUUAUACUGAUGCUGAGUUUCUGAGUGGACCAGAACAAGUCAUUUCUGGACAGCGACGUGAUCAACUUGCUGAAACCAAUCGUCAGGCAGUAGCAAUGGAAAAUGAAGGGGAAGGUAAGUUGACUGUUGUUUUUGUUUGUCCUUACAACAUAAUUUUUAUUAUACGUAAGUACGCUGUACAUAUAAGAUUAUUGCAAGUCUUUCAUGACCCUCUGGAAAAAAUAUUUCAUAUAAACAUCCCCUACCCUUUGGAAUUUUUGGCAUUUUAAUCUCCCUUCCCCUCCCCCACGGAAAUUCCAUUGAUUAUCCAUGGGAAAGUUAUGGAUAUUUUCUGGAAAGACACAUUCCAUGUAUAUGUCAUGGUUAAGUUGUACAGUUGUCGGUUUAUAUUCUGCGUAGUUUUGAUUGAUUUACUUGUAAACUGAUUUUGAUUAAAGAGAUUUGUAUGGAAAAAAGCCAGUCUAGCCCGCCUUGCCUUAUGUUUCUUUAAGUAAACUUCUCAUAGAAUAGGAGUAUGCAUGUACCCUCAAAACUCCAUAAACAUUAAUAAUAACUUUACCUUAACUUGAUGCUUAAGGUAAAUACUGUAAAAUUCCGAAAAUAAGCCCCUCCAUGUAUAAGCCCCUCCAAAUAUAAGCCCCCCCAAACCGGUAACGCAAAAAACCCUCCAUUAAAUGGCCCCUCCAAAUAUAAGCCCCCCGGGGGCUUGUACUUGGAAAAUUGCACUCAAAUACAAAGUAAAACAAAGCAAAAACGGAAAAUUUACUUCCAACUACAAGGCUAGCCCAAUCGAUUUUGAAACGCAAAUUUCCCUCCGUAGAUAAGCCUCUCCGAAUAUAAGUCCCUCCAAAAAUAAGCCCCUCAAAGAGGGCCUUUGAAAAAUGUAAGCCCCGGGGCUUAUUUUUGGAAUUUUACGGUAGUUUAAUUCUGUUGGUAAGUUUUCAGAGGUGCACAUAAACAAUAGCAGCUGCAUGAUGUCUCUGAGCUCCACACAAUUUUUUUUGCGCAUGUACACAGGACUGUUUUAAAACUCAUGUACUGUUUGUUUUGUUUUCCUAUAGGAGUAUUUACAGCAGCAUUUGAUUGUCAAAUUGAGUGGUUAAUUGUGAAAGGAAUAGCUGAUUAUGCAGAUGGUUCUCAGUUAGCUUCAGAGAGUUGGUCUUCCUGUGCCAGUGUGAUGGCAGCAUCUCUUGUUGCACACAUGUUGAAUGAACCCUGUGUUUUUCAUUCAUGGCCUCAUUAUCAAGGUAAUCAUGCUAUCAUAAAGUGCUGCCACAUCUUGGCAUCUGAUUUAUUGAAUCUAUUGUUGGGUUCGUUCCAUAGUACAGUAACAGAUAAGCUACAUGGUACAUGUAGCUUAUGUGGUGUAUGCCAUCCCAAAUUCAGCUGUCCAACACUCACCGCUUGUUCAAGUUGUUUAAGUUGAGAUUCAAGUAGUAUAGUGAAUGUGAUACAUUUCUGUAAAAUAACAAGAAGCAUUAGAAGUGUGCAUCUUAUUAAAAAGGGACCAGUACGGUUUGAGAUAAUUUGCAAUAUUUAGAAGCUAUCAUGAUAGACCGGAUUAUACCGUAAAUCCUCUAUUAAGCCCCCCUCUUCUCAAAGAACCCCCUUCCCUCUUAUAAUCCCCCCUUCCCUCCCCUAAUUAUUCUUUACUAAUAAGGAUGGAUGGUUUCAUACCAGCUGGAAGUUUGGAUUUGAUUCUGAUCCUCCGUGCAUGACCUUAAACCUUCUUGUACUUGAGCUUUUCCAUUUAGUGUUGUAGCUCUCUAUGGAGAGCUGACACUAUCGUCUUUUCUAAAUUAAUUUAGCCCCCCACCCGCCCCCACCACCACAUCUCAAAUAAGGAGGAUUUACCGUAGUGAUAUUUUGACAUUUGACAUGCAUAUUUUAGACAGUGGUGAAAAUAUUAUUAUUAUUAUCGUUUUAUACGUCAUCACUGAAUCCAUAAAAUAUCAAUUUUGUUAUCAAACUAAUGAGUGUUUUUUCUUCAGGACCGCAACCACAAGAGUUAAUCACCCACUAUAAUGAAACCUUAGUCGCUCCUUUCAUCGAAUGUAUGAAGAAACAUGUCCGAGAUGUCACUGACAAACCUUACAGAGACCUCAAAUCACCUUUUCAUAAUCCAGGCGAAGGACCUAGAAGAGAUCUAAAACUUGACGAAAUCUUCACCAAUUUGAUUGUUUAUGAUGGGAGAGCGAAGUAUGACUUUUCAGGAGACAGAGGGAAACAGCUAAACGAGUACCACAAAGCCAGUGAAAGUUUACAACCAACACUGCCAGGAGAUAUUUUCGAUGCUGAAAAGCAGAAGAUUCUUGUUGUCGGUCGUCCUGGAAUUGGAAAAACCAUGUUUAGCACAAAGAUUCUUCGCAACUGGGCGUCCGAUAACCUUUUCAACGAAACACAAAAAUCGCAAGUCGAUUUUAAAGUUGCCUUUCUCGUUAAGCUGAGAAUGUUUAACACUAGAAACCAAGAACUAAAUCUUCGCGAGCUUCUGGAUCACUCAGAGUAUUCAACCGCUCUUUCCGAAGAGCUCUGGAACUACAUCCGCCACAACCCAGAGCGAGUACUGUUGAUUUUUGAUGGAUUUGACGAAUAUUCUGGUAGGACUAAAAUAAAUGAAGAUGACAUUCAGUACAGAAACAGUGAAGAGGAAAGUAUGCCUGUUUGUUUCCUUAUGAAGAAAAUAGUAGAGGGAAAAAUUCUUACCGGUGCGACAAUCCUAACGACUACAAGACCCAAUGCCGUGUCAUGUAUGAAAAGUCUUCACUUCGACAAAACAGUUGAAAUACUGGGAUUCACAACUGAGCAAGUAAAUAAUUAUGUAGAGAAGUUUACAAAGGAGGCGGACAAAGCGGAAACCAUAAAGCAACACAUUACCAGUAACUUAAACCUUGUAGCCUUCUGCUACGUUCCUGUUAAUUGCUUUAUCAUUUGUAGUUGCUUGUUAGAGUUGCUUGGUAACACUGGCUUUACCAGCCUCCCGACGAGACUGACAGAAAUAUACUCAAUUGCAGUAAGGAUGUUUUACUUUAGCUACGAUGAUGAUCAAUAUCGCCACAAUAAAACUGAAGGUCAACAGUAUUUUCUUAAGCCGUUUAAGGAACUGCCUUCCUCUGUGCAAAAUGUGUUCACACGACUGGGAAAAAUUGCUUUUGAUGGUAUUAAAAAAGGAAGACUAAUUUUUGAAUCACACGAAGUUAACGACCUAGAGAGUAAUGGCCUGUUUCACCGUUUGCCUGAUUUUAGAGACCGUCCUUUAGCAGAGGGAAGAGCGCAAUAUUGCUUUUUACACCUGACCUUACAGGAGUUCUUGGCGGCGAAGUAUUUGGUAGACACGUUGAGUUCCGAACAACUGCGGGAUUUUGUUGCCGCUCACAUCGAGGAUGGCGCGUGGAAGGUUGUGAUGCAGUUUGUGGCUGGACUACUGGCUGAAAAAGAAGGACAGUCAACAGAUAUUUUCAGCGACCUUCUUCCCUCAAAAACUUUUACUUAUGAAGUUAAAAUCGAGAUGAAUGAAGAUUCAGAGGAACGAACUGAAACACUGACCUGGUGGCCAGCUUAUGAAGACAGGUUAUUAGUGGUGACGCUAUUCAAUUGCAUGUAUGAGAACAAAGCCUCGGAUCGAGAAGUUCAAAAGAAACUGGCGAAAAUUGGUUGUAAUGCGCUUUAUUUUAGUUACUGUAAGCUGUCACCUCUCGACUGUUUAGCAUUAGUGCAUGCACUUAAAUCUGUUGAAGGAAUUUUGGAUUUUGAAUUAAUCGUCAACAAACUUCAGUCGCUAGGAUGUAUUGAGAUUGCGAAGUUGUUACCUGGCAACCAACACAAUCAGGGUUUUUGCGAACUAAAAAGAUUAAACCUCGGGGGUAACAAGAUAACUGAUGAUGGAGUAAAACAUUUAUCCACAGCACUCACACACACUAACUGCACACUAAACACCUUAGACCUCGGGGGUAACAACAUAACUGAUGAAGGAGUUGAACAUUUAGCCACAGCACUCACACACAUUAACUGCACACUAAACAGCUUAAUCCUCGGGGGUAACAACAUAACUGAUAAAGGUAAAAAUCUCGUAAAGUCAAGGAACAUAAAAUGUAAAGUAUCUUUCUAA